GGAGUUCCCGGUGGAUCAGGGGGAGUUCCCGGUGGAUCAGAGGGGGUUCCCGGUGGAUCAGGGGGUUCCCGGUGGAUCAGGGGGUUCCCGGUGGAUCGGGGGAUGCCGAUGGUCUCCCAACUCCUCCCCCGUGCCCCCCUCGCAGUCUCUGGACAGUCUGGGCACGUCCGAAGGCACCCGCUCCAAAAGACACUCGACCUCCGAGCUCUCGGACGUGCCGUUCAGCGCCGUGAGGAAGGAGGGCUGGCUCCACUGCAAGCAGAUCCUCACCAAAAAGGGGAAGAAGGUCGGCGGAGGCAUCCGGCAGUGGAAGCGCGUGUUCGCCGUGCUGCGCAGCCACUCGCUGUACCUGUGCAAGGACAGGCGGGAGGCGGUGACCGGCGCCCCGGCCCCAGGUGAGGAGGAGCCGCCGAUCAGCAUCCAAGCGUGCCUGGUGGACAUCUCCUACAGCGAGACCAAGAGGAAGCACGUCUUCCGCCUGACGACCGCUGACUUCUGUGAAUAUCUCUUUCAGGCAGAGGAUCGGGAAGACAUGCUGGCCUGGAUCAAAGUCAUCAGGGAGAACAGCAAGGCUGAGGGCGAGGACCCCGGUUUUGCCAGCCAAGCCCUUAUCAGCAAGAAGUUAAACGACUACCGGAAAGUGAGCCCCGCGGGCUCCAAGCCCGACUCCUCGCCCAAGGGCCCUCGCGGGCUGGGGAUCCGAGCCGAGUUCCUGAAGCAGACGGGAACCAGCGCGCCCCGGUCCCCCCGGCAGGACGCGGCCGUCACCAAAGAUGAGAGCAGCUCCCAAAAAGCCCCGUGGGGCAUCAACAUCAUGAAGAAGAACAAGAAAUCGGCGCCGCGCGCCUUCGGCGUGAGGCUGGAGGAUUGUCAGCCCGCCCCGGACAACAAGAACGUGCCCCUGAUCGUGGAGGCGUGCUGCAAGGUGGUGGAGGACCGAGGGCUGGAGUACAUGGGCAUCUACCGCGUGCCCGGCAACAACGCGGUGGUGUCCAGCCUGCAGGAGCAGCUCAACAAGGGCGCCACCGAGAUCAACCUGCAGGACGAGGUGAGGCUGCCCGGUGACUGUCCCCGUGCUGGCCCUGGCCGGUCGUUGUCCCUGUCAUGCCUCUGGAAUGCUCUCCUGCUCUGUGGCACCAUCUUUGUCCUCAGCAUCGUCAUCAUCAUCAUCAUCAUCAUCAUCAUCAUCAUCCCUGACAACAUGACCGACAUGGUGACACACAUGCCCGACCGCUACAAGAUCGUGGAGACGCUGAUCCAGCACUCCGAUUGGUUCUUCAGCGACGCGGAGGACAAGGGAGAGAAGACCCCCGUGGAUGAGAAGGAGGCGCAGUCCGUGCCCAACAUCGAGUACCUUCUGCCCAACAUCGGCAGGACGGCGGCGCCCGGCGAUGGCGCAG